AUGGGCAUUAUAAAUUUGAGCAAAUAACAGUUACUAACUAUUCAUUUUCCAAAAGUUAAUAUUAAGUCUGAAUUUCAGUAUCCCUAUGAAAAUUCAUUGAUAAUCUAAAACAGCUACUUUUACAACAAUUCCGCUCGAACCAUUGGCGGUGUUUUGCUGAGUAAAAACACUAAUGUAUAUAUUAAUAACUCUUAGUUCAUCAACAGUAAGGCUUUGUAAAAUAGUGGAGGAGUUAUGUACCUUGACUGUGAAUCAGAUUAUUUUAAUGUUUGCAAAUAUUAGAUUAGUAAUUCAGAUUUUACAAAUAAUACUGCUGGUCUUGAUGGAGCUGUCAUUAAAUUCACUUAUUAUUAGCCAGAUUAUACUGAUAAUAAUACCUUUGUGAAUAAUUCAGCUUUGUAUGGGUAAAUAGAAGGAUCGUAUCCAGUUACACUUAAAUUAGUGUCAGGAGAUUUAUUACCUUAUAUCCCUUUAAAAUCUAAAGUAAGUAGGGCAUCUAUUGAAGAAAGUGAUUUCGAUUCACAAUUUAAUCUAACAACAAGUCUAGCAACUUUAAGCUCAAGCUCUAAUAGUGAUAUUCAGAUUUUAAAGUCAAAAACUGUUCAGGCAUAAGAUGGAGUAUUUAACUUUGAUGAUGUGAUUAUAAUUGCAAAACCAGGGUCAAAUAUUACUCUGAGCAUAGUAGUAGAUUCAAUAGAUAAGGUUAAAUUAAGAACUGUUCUAGGUAGAGAUGUCCAAGACAUAUAAAUAUAUGCUAAAAUGAGACUAUGUGAAAGAGGAGAAUACCAAACUCCAGAUAAUAAAUGUUCAGUUUGUUCAGAAGGAUUUUAUCAACUAUUGUCAAAUUAAAAGAAUUGCAGUGAAUGUCCAAGUAACGCAAUUUGCCAAGAAGGUUAUAAAAUUAUUACUUAAGAUGGAUUUUGGAGAAAAAAUACUGAAGAUAUACUUGUUCAUUAAUGUCCAAAUGCUUUAGCCUGUAUAUCAAAUUAUGAGCCAACCUGCGCAGCUGGCUAUGGUGGAAAUCUUUGUUAAUCAUGUGUAAUAUAUCAGAAUCAAUGGUAUUCUAGGAAUGAUCCUAAUUCUUGCGCAAAAUGCCUUGAUUUUACAGUUAAUUCCCUCAGAAUUGUAGCGUAAGCAUCUGACUAAGUCAUCUCAUAAGAUUGCUUCAUAAGAGAUACAGUCGCAGAUGUACAUCCACUAUAUGUGAAAAUAAUUCUUGCAUGUCUAUUCCCACUAGGAUGCAUUAUCCUUAUUAGUUUAUUGUGGUAUAUGGUUGGAAAACUAGCAAAAUUAAAAAAUUACUUCAAUAACAUGAUUGUUUCUCUAAUUGUACUCAUUUUUGAAAGUCAUAAUGAUAAGCAUAAAUGUUUUCUUUUCCUCAUUUAAGCCACUUUACAGAGAUUUAUGGUACUUAUUGUAUACAUCGAAAUAUUACAAAAAGUAAAGCCAUAUCAAACUGACUAAAUCAAUAAUCUUGAGUUCCUUUCAAAUAUUGCAGCUGUAAUUCUUCCUGAUUAUUUACCCACUAAACUAUAGUUUUCAACAUUUUAUGGAGGUCUAUUCUUUAUCAAUAAUGAAUUUCCUGCUUCGAUGUCAAUGAUUUUUUUCAUUUUGAUAGUACUCUUGAAUCUAAUUUUCUGGGUAUAGUGGCUAAGACAAAUGUUUUAAAAUUUUUCUGAUAAAAUUGAAUAUUUACUAAGGAAGUACAUAUUUUGCUUUGUUAAGAUAAAGAAAGGCCUCAAAUCAGAAAAUUAAGCAGAUUAAUUCUCAAUGGUGGGAAUGGAUGAUGAAUCAUACUUGAACUAAAGCUAGUUGGGUUAAGAUAAGAGUAGCUUUAAAAGUAAAAAGAGUUAGGCUGUUAGUGACUAUGUUAAAAGUAAUAGCCAAAGAACAGUUAAAACUGAUGGGAUUAUUGGCCAUAAAUCAAAAAAAUAAUCAAUAUUGCAGAAUAAGAAGGAUUAAAAGAUAUCUAAAAGCUAAAAUGCAUUUGAGAAGAUAAUCGAUAAUAGAGAAACUAACAAAACUAAGGACGAUUCUAAAUUAGAUGAAACUAAUUUUGACGGGACUAAUAACCAGCAAGAAUUAUAUAGAAGACAAAACACAAGCCUUAGAGGGAAGACUAGGAAUAAAAAGAUUAGUAGUAAAAUUAAUAUAAAUAUACCUUUAAAGGAAUAUUUACCAGUUCCAAUAUCGAUAAAUAAAAAAUAAACAAUGAAAAGUGAUAAAGUCUCUUCAGAUUAAUAAUAAGAACUUUCAAGCCCAGUAUUAAAAUAUUCUUAAGAUCAAAGAGAGAAAAAAUUUGAUCCAGAAUAGACAUAAGAUAAAUCCUUAUUUGGAGAAAUAUCAUCAAAGGACUGUUAUCGAGAUGAACCCAAAUUUUAAGUUUAGAGUGAAAAUAUUUAAUCCAAUUUUAAAGGAUUAUCUUUAAGACAAAUUGGCUAAUAGAGAACUGUUCGUAAUUAGUAAAGGGGCUAAAGAGAUGGAAAUUAGGAAAUUGUUUUCAAAGAAAAGGAAGAUUUAGAUAUUUUGGAGUCAUUUGACAAAUAUUAGCUAAUUAAUUAGUAAUUGGUAACUUUUGAUGGAGAUGGUGAAAAAAUUAAAAAAAUCACAGUUGAUCAGAGUAAUAUAAGAAUAGAAAAUUUGACAUAAUAAUUAGCACCAUAGAAGAUUAAAGCAGGAGCUCACAAGAUAUAAUCUAGAAACAUUAAAUAAAUUUUCAGUGACUCUGAGACAGAGGAGUAUGUUUCAAAGGUUUAUACAGUUAAAUCAAAACGAGGAUAAAAUACAUCAAAGAAUGACAAAAAAUCUUUAAUUCAAAAAUAAGACCACUCCCCAAAAACUGUAACAAUCAAAAUAAUGAGUGAUGGUGAGAGAAAAUUUACUGAAAAUUAAAAGGAAGAGUUGAAAGUGUAUGAUGAAGGAUAAAUUUCUCCUAGAUAAAUCAUUGAUAGAAUUUCUCCUCGAAAAGUCAUAGAUAUCUAAAAUCCCAAUCCUCUACUUUCUGAAUUUCAGCAAACAAGAAAAUUAGUUGUAUCUCCCUUAAACCUCAAAGCUUUAUUGCCUCCGGUAUAAGUAUUAUAAAAGGAAAUCGACUACAUUAAUAGCCCUCUUAAAAAUUAAUCACCUUAUCUCAAAUUGAACAUAUUGGACUCUUAAAUAACAGAAUAAAGCAAGUUUGACUCUGUUUACAAAAGAAAUAAAACUGGCCUUUACAAUUCAAUUGCCAACAUUGAAAUCAGCAGCAAUAAUAAUUCAAAUAUGGAGGACGAAAAGUUUCAAGAUAACUUAAAAUCUUGA